CGUGGGACGCAGCUCCUGGCGUCAGCUGCGUCUACCACCUCACUAACUCAGUCUCGCUCGGCUUCUGUGUGUUUGAUACUUUCAUUACCUCGGAAUGCUGUUCUUAAUAUACACUGAGAGGGUGCAAUAUUAUUUUUCAAGGUGUCAAUGGAAGCAACUAUAAAUUGAUUAAACUUGGUCGGCAACGCCCGAGGUGCUAUACGUCUGCAGUAGUCUGUAAGAAACAUCAGGGAGGAUAAGACAACAGCCUGUGUGAGGAGCAACACACGUCCACUUCGACAGGACAGAUUCUCUUCAAGUGGAAAACUAAACGUAAGAACAAGUCGAUACUGAUCUUGUGAACCAUAUUUAUGUACAGGUAGUCAUGAACCACAGCACAUCGUGUUCCCUCUUGGCCGUGUAAGGAAGUAGUACCUCAUAUACGAAGACCAGUGAGUGAAUUAUAAGACCCUUCACGACUGUGUGUGAGACACAGACCCUGCACCAUAAAUACCGACGACCAUGUCUACUGUAACAUGUAAGUUGCCAAACAUGACCAUCAUCAAGUACAGAGCGUCCGCCAUCAUCUUGCUCGUCUGUUUCACUGUGCUGCCCACACAAGGCAGACAGAGUGGGGCCAGGUCGUCCCAGCAACAAAUCACGUGGGGACGACCCAAUACAAACACAGCGUACUUCGCCAGAGACAUCAACACUAACGUGACGGCUGUAGUGGGGCAGCAGGCACGACUGCCCUGCAAGGUACUUAACCUGGACAAGAGAACUGUAUCGUGGAUCCGGAAGCGGGACCUUCACAUCCUGACGGCUGGCAUCUACACCUACACCAGUGACGACCGGUUUAAGGUGUAUCACCCGGUGGACAGUGAUGAGUGGUUCCUGGAGAUCAGUUCGGUCACCUUCAGAGACGGUGGCGUGUACGAGUGUCAAGUUCCAACCAACCCCAAGAUCUUCCUACCCAUCAACCUCGCCGUGGAAGUGCAGCAAGCGAGGAUCCACGGGCCCCGUGAAGUGUACAUCCAGAACGGCUCCACCAUCAAACUUACUUGUCACGUCACUACACAUGAGGACAACAUCGGUGUGGUCACCUGGUACCGGGACUCUAAUGAACUGGACUACGACUCUCCCAGGGGUGGCGUCAGUCUGGAGAUAGAGAAGACACCCACAAGGACCAUCUCCAAGCUCUUCCUUACCAGAGCCAUGAGAGGAGACUCAGGCAACUAUAGCUGUGUACCCCACUUGGCCGACCCCGCAUCUGUUAUGGUGCAUGUUGUUAAUGGGGAAGAGUCAGCUGCUGUACACACAGCCAACUGUAUCACAUUAUGCUGUGACUUGCGGAUGCUGUGUUGCUGUGUAUUGCUGCUGCUGUUGUUGUCACCAGUCCCCCGGUGACCCAGUUUCUUGAACCAACAAUGAAAACCUGCCAACUGUGAUGUUAAUGGUUGACUGCUUCUGGUGUCACGUUCCCUGGGAGACAGUCUUGCCACAUCACUUACCCAGGACACAGUGUUGUAAUGUCACAAGAUGAGGUUGAGGGCAGAAAACACACAUGUAUCUGCCUUAAUAAAAAUACUUGUACAGUUGCCCACAAGUACAGUGUUUCCACCCCUCAGUGGCCUUUCCAAACAUGUGACAACGUCGGCAUCACUUUAUAAAUGAAUCGGUAACGUGAAGGGUGGAACACUAUACCUGUCGGCAACAGUACAUAAGUGUUGUUUUAAUAAAAGGAAGGAAACACAGUGAGUGAUGUAACUCUUCAUGUAUUCCAGCAUGGCUGUCUCCCACCACUUACAACGCAACCUUAAUUUAGUAGUCACAUCACAGGUGUCGAGAGAUCACCGGACACAGAAUUGGAUCAGUAUCUCAAUAUUAGAAUAAUGUAUUCCUUUAGGUUAAGUUAUUUUUGGGUAUAAGUGUUAAGUUAUGUUAGGGUAGAGGUUGGUAAUAUUUUAUUUAGUUAAGUAUGAGGUAAAUCUUGCUAGGUUAGAUUACCGUUUGUUUAGGUUAGGUUUGAUUAGGUUAGGGGUUGGUAAAAUUUGAUAAAGUAAAAUAUGGGGUAAAUCUGGCUAGGUUAGGUUAUGGUUUGAUUAAGUUAGGGUUUAGUGAGGUGGCUAAGUGGAUACAGUUUUCGCCUCUUGUUGUAAGGGCGACCACAGUCCACCCAGCUGUAGAUGAAUACCUAACAUUACAGCUGCAAAGUGAACACAGUCAGAUGUAGUAUUGGCUAUUCUGCUACUUAUGUUCCAAAGGCUUAGUGUACACUGUGCUCUAUGCACACGAUAUCAGGUCACCUGGUUUAUGAAACCCAUUUCCAUCUGCAUUAGUUGCACCAGCUGUACCACCUGUACUAAUUGUAUCAGAUGUGAGGAUCAGAUGCAACAGUUGAGGUGUGAGGGUCAGGAAUAACACCUCAAGAGCAGCACUUGAGGUGUGAGGGUCAGGAGGAACAUAGACCACGUAGGGCUCACAGGACAAGGAUCACCAUCAUGUACAUUUCAGGAUACUGUAUAUAGUGUGUCCAGGUACAAAAUAUUUUUAAUAUACAAAUGCAAACAUAAUGGUUAUAUUUUUAUACUUGUUGGUGAUGCAGUGAUUGUAUCUGUUGUAUAAUACAAACAUCUACUGAGAUCAGGGGCAGGGAAACUUUUGAGGUCGGUGAGCCAGAUUGAAAUUAUUAAGGGUUUUAUGGGGUCACCUAUUAUUUUCAAUGUUAAUUAUUUUCUGUGCAGAAUUAAUGGGUAUGACCGCUACCCUGGAAGAUCAUUCCAAUGCAACUCCAAUAUUUUAAUUUAGUCAUAUAAGAGUGUAUAUUAAUCCUCUAAAUUUCAUUCAAAUCUAUCGACUAAUUUUAUACCUCCGAGCCUUCCUUUAAAGGAGACAAAAACACUGAACUUGAGUAUGGCCACAGGCCAUCCUGGGACCUCGGCGGGCCACAAAUGGCCUGGGGGCCAGUUUCCCCACCCCUGAGUUAGAUGAAACUUUCCUCUUGAUAAAAAUCAACUUUGUGAUUGAUAAUUAUAUUGUGUAAACUCUU